AUGUUGUUUGAAUGGGUCAUAGCAUUUAUGAAUGCCUGUAAAAAACUCUUAUCAAACCGACCCGAAAUCUUAUACUCACAAUUCAACAACUGGAUAACUGAAAUAUCAGCUAUUGAACUAUUGGAAGCAGCCAAUUGUUUCGGCGAAGAUAAUUGCGCAGCCACGGAUGCCAAGAACAGUCCAUGGUUCUUGGUAUUCGUCAUCUUCAUCUACUUUUCACAUAAUUCUCACCACUCCUUUGCAGCCGACACCAUAUCUGGCAACCAAUCCCUCUCCGGUUACCAGACACUUGUCUCUCCAGGUGGGGAUUUCGUACUUGGAUUCUUCAAACCAGGUACCUCCUCUUACUACUAUAUAGGCAUGUGGUACGGUAAAGUUUCUACAAAAACCAUAGUUUGGGUGGCAAAUAGAGACAAACCUAUCACUGAUAUACACUCUUCAAAGUUGAGAAUCUCAUAUGGAAAUCUAGUUCUCUUCGACGAGUCCAAAAGUUCCAUCUGGUCAACAAGUGUGAACUCUACCAGUUCAUCUCCAGUAGAAGCCGCUCUUCUUGAUGAUGGAAAUCUUGUUCUGAGAGAUGGGUCUAACUCAACAGAUUUAUUAUGGCAGAGUCUUGAUCAUCCAACAGAUACAUGGCUCCCUGGUGGCAAACUUGGAAUGAAUAAACGGACUGGAGAAAACCAGCUUCUCCUUUCAUGGAAAAAUGAACAAGAUCCUGCACCAGGCCUCUUCAAUCUCGAGUUGGACCCAAAUGGGACCAGCCAGUAUUAUAUACUGUGGAACAGGUCUCAGAUAUACUGGACAAGUGGAACUUGGAACGACGAAAUCUUCAGUGGAGUCCCUGAAAUGUCAAAAAACUAUAUCUACGACUUCAAUUAUGUUACAAACGAGAAUGAGAAGUAUUUCACCUAUUCUUUGAAAGAUAAGUCGAUCAUAUCUCGGUUUGUGAUGGAUGUUUCGGGCCGGAUUCAGCAACUGUCGUGGUUAGAAAGCUCCAAAGAGUGGAAUUUGUUUUGGGCACAACCAAGACAACAAUGCGAAGUUCACUCUUUUUGUGGGGCAUUUGGAAGCUGUAAUGAUAAUUCGCAGGUUCCAUGUACUUGUUUGACAGGUUUUGAACCAAAGUCACAAACUGAUUGGGAUUUGCGGGAUUAUUCUGGCGGUUGUGAGAGGAAAACAAGUCUGCAUUGUGGAAAUACUAGCCUUGCAAAUGGCCAGAGGGAUAAAUUUGCAGUCACCCCCAAUGUGAAGUUAAAACAAGAUUCACAAAAGAAGGCUAUUGGGAGUUCCGAAGAAUGCGUAUCAACUUGCUUAAGGGACUGCUCUUGCACUGCUUAUGCUUAUGACAGCAACGGAUGUUCAAUCUGGAUUGGAGAUCUGAGUGUAAUACAGCUUGCGGGAGGUAGCUCAAAUGGAAUGACUCUCAAUAUCAGGCUUGCAGCUUCAGAGUUCAAGAGUUCUAGCAAUAACAGAGGAAUGAUGAUCGGUGUUAUUGUUGGUUCAGUAGGCGCAGUUGUUUUCCUAGUCAUUCUUGCCUUAAUAUACAUAAGACACAGAAUGAGAAGAACCACAAAAGCAAAAGCAGUAGAAGGCUCAUUGUUGGCUUUUGGGUACAGGGACUUACAAAAUGCGACGAAGAAUUUCUCUGAGAAAUUGGGUGGAGGCGGCUUUGGUUCUGUUUUCAAAGGUGUGUUGCCUGAUUCCAGUGUCAUUGCCGUGAAGAAGCUAGAAAGCAUCAGCCAAGGGGAGAAGCAAUUUCGCACAGAAGUUAGCACAAUCGGAACAAUCCAGCAUGUCAAUCUCGUUCGUCUUCGUGGAUUCUGUUCAGAGGGUAGUAGAAGGUUACUGGUCUACGAUUACAUGCCCAACAGUUCUUUAGAUUCCCAUCUUUUCCAUGAAAAGAACUUGAAGGUCCUAGACUGGAAAACAAGGUACCAAAUUGCUUUGGGGACAGCUAGAGGGUUGACGUAUCUUCAUGAAAAGUGUCGAGAGUGCAUCAUACAUUGUGACAUAAAGCCAGAAAACAUUCUUUUAGAUGCUCAGUUGUGUCCAAAAGUGGCAGAUUUUGGCCUUGCAAAGCUUGUCGGGCGGGAAUUUAGCAGGGUCCUGACAACCAUGAGAGGAACAAGAGGUUAUCUAGCACCAGAGUGGAUUUCAGGAGUAGCAAUAACUCCCAAAGCCGACGUGUACAGCUAUGGAAUGAUGGUUUUUGAACUUGUAUCUGGAAAGAGAAAUGCAGCGGAAUCUGAGGAUGGGAAGGUGAAAUUCUUCCCAUCUUGGGCGGCAAGCCAAAUAAUACAAGGGGGAGACGUCCUUAGCCUGUUAGACCCUAGGCUGGAGGAAAACGCUGAUGUCGCGGAGCUCACAAGAGUUUGUAAAGUCGCGUGCUGGUGCAUCCAAGACGAUGAAACUUUUAGGCCAUCGAUGGGUCAGGUAGUUCAGAUUCUAGAGGGGGUAGUGGAUGUAAGCAUGCCCCCUCUUCCAAGGUCUCUGCAGAUGUUUGUUGACAAACAGGAGCACAUCAUUUUUUUCACGGAGUCAUCAUCAUCUGGCAAGAGUUCCCUAACACAGAGCUGCACAUCAACUGCUUUAUCUCAGCCUCAAAGCAUUAUAUCAUCAACUAGUUCCACCACUCAACUAGGUCAAUGAGAGGACCACGAUAUGUGUAAUCAGUAUGUGCUUGUCAGUGAAGCCUAGAUCAUCAUCAUAAGUUAGCUCUCUGCUCUUAUUAUUUGCUCCCUGCUCUUAUUAUAAAAGUGAGAAGAUAGCUCAUUGUAUAUUGUAGAGUAAUAUGUUUGUAUACUAGAUUUUAUAAUUGUAUGAUUUCAAGCUCAGAAUCAUAAAAAUAGAUGGCUAACUCCGCUUAUGAAGUCCAGAAA